AUGAAGGCGCCCUGGAUAUUAGCAACUCUCGCGGCCGCAACUGUCUACGCGCAAACCUGCGAAAACUAUGGAAUUGUCAACGGGGACGACUGCUCGUGUCCAACAGGUUUCGGAGGGCCAACUUGCUCCGAAAUGUCCUGUAGAGGCACCCUAUUUGAAGGGGCUGACAGAGAAUACACGGAGACAUCGUCUGGGUUCGCCAACUUGACCGCUUCGGGGUGCAGCUGCGAAUCUGGAUGGGGCGGCAUCGGUUGUAACGUUUGCCAGACUGCCAAUGCCUGCCAGAGCGCAUUCUCGGCAGUGUCGAGUGGUACGCCCAACUUUUCCGACGUCCAGAACAACACCAUGGUCUGCAAUACAAAGCCGCGGGUUUACGCAGCCGCGCAAAUGAGCUGUUCAGUCACCAAUCCGACUUUACAAGCCCUGUUCCCUCUGCUUUCAACUCUCAACAUCGAGCGCACACUCCGGCCCGAUCUCUCGCCUCUUCCUGGUUCUUCGUCCUUCGGCCCAUCCGGUACAGCAUUCGCCCAACUCAUCUACGACGGCGUGGAACAGUUCUACUGCCAAGCAGACUCCUGUGUUCAAACCAGCACCGACACAACCAACAGUUACUCGUGUAACAACCUUCAAUGCACCUGCCGUCCAGAUACCACGUUCUGCGGUGGGUCAGGGGGCCCCACGAACUUGACAGAAGUUAUCAACGGCCUCACUGGGACCCUUGGAAUCGAGUGUGCAGAGGACGCCGAAACUGGAGAACAACUCUGCAACUUCGUUCAGUCGACCCUGCAAAGUCUCUUCGGUGCGCAAGGCCUCGCUCUCAAUGGUUGCACCUUCGGUGAAUGUGUUCGCCAAAGCGUCAUCGAUAGCAGCUCGGAUGGUGGACCUUCAGAGGCUCCUAAACCCAAACCUCUGAGCGGCGGUGUUAUCGCCGGUCUGGCAGUUGUGGGUGGAUUGGUUCUGUUGGCAUUGCUCUUCCUACUGUGGGGAUUCCUUUCCCAACGAACGGCCCGAAGAAAGGCGUUUGUGGAUCCUAUGGUUAAAGUUGGAGUGACGUGGUCGAACCUCAGCUACUGUGUGCCAGCCUCUACUGGGAUCUUCAAACGCAAGAAGCAAACAGAAGAUGGCGACAAGUUCAUCAUUGACAACAUUAGUGGACAUGUCCCCUCGGGCCAAAUGAUGGCCAUCCUUGGUCCUAGCGGUGCUGGAAAAACAACUUUGAUCGAAAUCCUGGCGGGCAAGAGCAAAAUCGGUAUCACCACCGGAAAAGUAUCGUUCCCAUUCGAAGGUGAAGACAACCAGACUCCACCCAGAAUCGGCUUCGUGCCACAACAAGACAUUCUCCCUCCCACCCUUACCGUUUUCGAAACGCUUCUAUUUGCUGCUCGUCUUCGGCUCCCUGAAAGCAUUUCUGACGUCGACAAGCAAACUCGGGUGAACGACCUGCUCGAGAAACUGGGCAUUAACCAUGUGCGCGACACCCGCAUCGGAGACGUUUCAGGAGGAAAGGCGAGGGGUAUCAGUGGUGGUGAGAUGAGGCGGGUCACCAUUGGCUUGGAGCUCAUCGCCUCGCCGGAUGUUUUGUUGCUUGAUGAACCCACGUCAGGCAAGUGUUUGGAUUCCGUGUCUGCUGCCAGGAUUGCCAACGUUCUCCAUGCCAUUGCACACGAUCCCGUCAACCCUAUUCCUGUCAUCGCGUCGAUCCAUCAGCCCAGUUCAAUCCUCUACCAGAAAUUCGACUCGAUCCUCCUCUUGGCUCAUGGCCGUGCGCUGUAUUCGGGACCUGGUGGAUUCCAGCCCGUGCAAUACUUUGCUCGUUGCGCUCCAGGGACAGUUGCUCCAUACCAGGAAGGUUACAACAUUGCUGAAUACCUGCUCGAGGUGGCCAGCGAUCCUCCUGUAAACCUUUUCGCUCUCGCCAACCAGAAUCAAAGCCAGACGAUCAGCGGUGACUCCCCUGAUAUCGAGAAGGAGGGUGCACAGAGGACUACACACGGUUCCAAGGAGAUGCUGGCCCCUCCCCCGCGAAAUGGAUCGACAUACGCGACGACAUUCUUGACCCAACUUCAAUACCUUUGCGGACGAGAAUGGAAGGUUCUGAAGCGUGACAAGACGCUGUUCUGGACACAUUUGGCUGUUUCUGCUGUCCUCGGUGUCUUCUGCGGCGGUUUGUACUUCGAUGCUGGCGUAACCAUCUCUGGAUUCCAGUCACGAGUCGGAUGUUUGUUCUUCUUGGGAGCUUUGGUUGCUUUCUCAUCGCUAAGCGCGUUGUACAAUGUCGUUGAAAUUCGACCUCUGUUCCUCCGAGAACGUUCGAGCUCGUACUACAGCCCGACAGCAUGGCUUCUCUCGCGUUUCUUCUUCGACAUGAUACCCCUCCGCCUAAUACCUACGAUCAUCGUCUCGACCAUUACCUACUGGAUGGCCGGUCUCGCCCCCGAUGCCCCACACUUCUUCAAGUUCCUCUUCAUCCUUGUGCUCUACAGUCUUGCGAUGACGCUCUUCAACUUCCUGCUCGGAACUUGCUUCCAGAACGGGGGCGUGGCGAUCCUGCUUUCCGCGCUCUCUGCCCUGUACCAGAUGACCUUUGCCGGCUUCUUUGUGAACCUCAGUGACAUUCCUCCUGUGCUGCGAUGGUUGCAGUGGAUUGCGCCACUGAAGUAUACGUUGGAAGCGUUGGCUGUCAACGAGGUUGAUUCGGGAUUGAUGAUUGAGGAUACGUUGGAGGGUGUGCCUGUGAAUGUGUCGGCGGCGUUGAUCAUGCAGCUGCUCUUUGGAUUUGGCUUGGACAAUUACUACAGGGAUGUACUCAUCCUCUUCGGCUUCAUCGCUGGCUUCGGCAUUGGUGUCAUCGGUGUUGUGUGGUUCUUCGUCAGGGAGCGAAGAUAG